ACUGUCACUACAAUCACUUCUUCAAUGGAGUCUCAAACAUCAACUCCUACAACUGAAAAUGUCUUAGAAUCCACUGUCACUACAAUCACUUCUUCAAUGGAGUCUCAAACAUCAACUCCUACAACUGAAAAUGUCUUAGAAUCCACUGUCACUACAAUCACUUCUUCAAUGGAGUCUCAAACAUCAACUCCUACAACUGAAAAUGUCUUAGAAUCCACUGUCACUACAAUCACUUCUUCAACUGAGUCUCAAACAUCAACUCCUAAAACUGAAAAUGUCUUAGAAUCCACUGUCACUAUAUCCACUUCUUCAACUGAGUCUCAAACAUCAACGUUUCCUACAACUGAAAAUGUCUUAGAAUCCACUGUCACUACAUCCACUUCUUCAACUGAGUCUCAAACAUCACCUCCUACAACUGAAAAUGUCUCAGAAUCCACUAUCACUACAAUCACUUCUUCAAUGGAGUCUCAAACAUCAACUCCUAAAACUGAAAAUGUCUCAGAGUCCACUGUCACUACAAUUACUUCUUCAACUGAGUCUCAAACAUCAACGUUUCCUACAACUGAAAAUGUCUUAGAAUCCACUAUCAAUACAAUCACUUCUUCUACUGAGUCUCAAACAUCAACUCCUAAAACUGAAAAUGUCUUAGAAUCCACUGUCACUGCAAUCACUUCUUCAAUGGAGUCUCAAACAUCAACUCCUACAACUGAAAAUGUCUUAGAAUCCACUGUCACUACAAUCACUUCUUCAACUGAGUCUCAAACAUCAACGUUUCCUACAACUGAAAAUGUCUUAGAAUCCACUAUCACUACAAUCACUUCUUCAACUGAGUCUCAAACAUCAACUCCUAAAACUGAAAAUGUCUUAGAAUCCACUGUCACUACAAUCACUUCUUCAACUGAGUCUCAAACAUCAACGUUUCCUACAACUGAAAAUGUCUUAGAAUCCACUGUCACUGCAAUCACUUCUUCAAUGGAGUCUCAAACAUCAACUCCUAAAACUGAAAAUGUCUCAGAGUCCACUGUCACUACGUCCACUUCUUCAACUGAGUCUCAAACAUCAACGUUUCCUACAACUGAAAAUGUCUCAGAAUCCACUGUAACUACAAUCACUUCUUCAAUGGAGUCUCAAACAUCAACUCCUAAAACUGAAAAUGUCUUAGAAUCCACUAUCACUACAAUCACUUCUUCAACUGAGUCUCAAACAUCAACUCCAACAACUGAAAAUGUCUUAGAAUCCACUAUCACUACAAUCACUUCUUCAACUGAGUCUCAAACAUCAACUCCAACAACUGAAAAUGUCUCAGAAUCCACUAUCACUUCAAUCACUUCUUCAAUGGAGUCUCAAACAUCAACUCCAACAACUGAAAAUGUCUCUGAAUCCACUAUCACUUCAAUCACUUCUUCAAUGGAGUCUCAAACAUCAACUCCUAAAACUGAAAAUGUCUUAGAAUCCACUGUAACUACAAUCACUUCUUCAGUGGAGUCUCAAACAUCAACUCCAACAACUGAAAAUGUCUUAGAAUCCACUAUCACUACAACCACUUCUUCAAUGGAGUCUCAAACAUCACCUCCUACAACUGAAAAUGUCUCAGAAUCCACUGUCACUACAAUCACAUCUUCAACUGGGUCUCAAACAUCAACUCCUACAACUGAAAAUGUCUCAGAAUCCACUGUAACUACAAUCACUUCUUCAAUGGAGUCUCAAACAUCAACUCCUCCUACAGCUCAAAAUGUCUCAGAAUCCACUAUCACUACAAUCACUUCUUCAACUGAAUCUCAAACAUCAACUCCUAAAACUGAAAAUGUCUCAGAAUCCACUAUUACUACAAUCACUUCUUCAACUGGGUCUCACACAUCAACUGCUCCUACAACUCAAAAUGUCUCAGAAUCCACUGUCACUACAAUAAUUGCUUCAACUGAGUCUCAAAAAUCAGCUCCUACAACUCAAAAUGUCUCAGAAUCCACUGUAACUACAAUCACUUCUUCAACUGGGUCUCAAACAUCAACUCCUCCUACAACUGAAAAUGUCUCAGAAUCCACUGUCACUACAAUUACUUCUUCAACUAAGUCUCAAACAUCAACUCCUACAACUCAAAAUGUCUUAGAAUCCACUGUCACUACAAUCACUUCUUCAACUGAGUCUCAAACAUCAGCUCCUACAACUGAAAAUGUCUCAGAAUCCACUGUCACUACAAUUACUUCUUCAAUGGAGUCUCAAACAUCAACUCCUAAAACUAAAAAUAUCUCAGAAUCCACUAUCACUACAAUCACUUCUUCAACUGGGUCUCAAACAUCAUCUCCUCCUACAACUAAAAACGCCUCAGAAUCCACUGUAACUACAAUCACUUCUUCAACUGGGUCUCAAACAUCAACUGCUCCUACAACUAAAAAUGUCUCAGAAUCCACUGUCACUACAAUCACUUCUUCAACUAAGUCUCAAACAUCAACUCCUACAACUCAAAAUGUCUCAGAAUCCACAGCAACUACAACCACUUCUUCAACUGAGUCUCAAACAUCAGCUCCUACAACUCAAAAUGUCUCAGAGUCCACUGUCAUUACAAUCACUUCUUCAACUGGGUCUCAAACAUCAACUCCUCCUACAACUCAAAAUGUCUCGGAAUCCACUGUCACUACAAUAAUUGCUUCAACUGGGUCUCAAACAUCAACUCCUACAACUAAAAAUGUCUCAGAAUCCACUGUAACUACAAUCACUUCUUCAACUGGGUCUCACACAUCAACUGCUCCUACAACUAAAAAUAUCUCAGAAUCCACUGUAACUACAAUCACUUCUUCAACUGGGUCUCAAACAUCAUCUCCUCCUACAACUAAAAACGCCUCAGAAUCCACUGUAACUACAAUCACUUCUUCAACUGGGUCUCAAACAUCAACUGCUCCUACAACUAAAAAUGUCUCAGAAUCCACUGUCACUACAAUCACUUCUUCAACUAAGUCUCAAACAUCAACUCCUACAACUCAAAAUGUCUCAGAAUCCACAGCAACUACAACCACUUCUUCAACUGAGUCUCAAACAUCAGCUCCUACAACUCAAAAUGUCUCAGAGUCCACUGUCAUUACAAUCACUUCUUCAACUGGGUCUCAAACAUCAACUCCUCCUACAACUCAAAAUGUCUCGGAAUCCACUGUCACUACAAUAAUUGCUUCAACUGGGUCUCAAACAUCAACUCCUACAACUAAAAAUGUCUCAGAAUCCACUGUAACUACAAUCACUUCUUCAACUGGGUCUCACACAUCAACUGCUCCUACAACUAAAAAUAUCUCAGAAUCCACUGUAACUACAAUCACUUCUUCAACUGGGUCUCAAACAUCAUCUCCUCCUACAACUAAAAACGCCUCAGAAUCCACUGUAACUACAAUCACUUCUUCAACUGGGUCUCAAACAUCAACUGCUCCUACAACUAAAAAUGUCUCAGAAUCCACUGUCACUACAAUCACUUCUUCAACUAAGUCUCAAACAUCAACUCCUACAACUCAAAAUGUCUCAGAAUCCACAGCAACUACAACCACUUCUUCAACUGAGUCUCAAACAUCAGCUCCUACAACAAAACAUUUCUCAGAAUCCACUAUCACUACAAUCACUUCUUCAACUGGGUCUCAAACAUCAACUCCUCCUACAACUCAAAAUGUCUCAGAAUCCACUGUCACUACAAUCACUUCUUCAACUGAGUCUCAAACAUCAACUCCUCCGACAAAUGUGAUCAGGAAUCUUACAUCGACUAACAUCACAACAUCUUCUGUAUGUCUGACAUGGGAGGAACCACUUGGAAAUAUAUCUUUCUUUAGAGUGCAAUGGACUGAUGAGAAAACAUUCAACUGUACAACAACGAGAAACACUUAUUGCAUCACUGAUCUGACUCCUGGUGUCAAGUACACAUUUAUCAUCACAUCUGUUGGAGCAGAUAACGUAACAGAAGGAAAACACAUUGACAUCUCAAAAUAUACAAAGCCAGAUGUGAUCAGGAAUCUCACAUUGUUUGACAUUACAACAUCAUCUGUAGUGCUGACAUGGGAUGAACCAAUUGGAAAUAGAUCUUACUUUAUAAUUAACUGGAUGGUUAAUAAUAGAGGCAAAAUAGUAACCAAGGAUACAUCCUAUGAUGAUAAAUCAUCCAAAAAUGUAAUAGCCAAUGACUCUUCCUAUUGCAUCAAUGAUCUGACAGCUGGAGUCAGAUACGCAUUUUGUGUCACUGCUGUUGCAGCAGACAACAUAACUGAAGGCGAAGCUGUCUGUAAAUCAGCAGACACCAAUUCUCAUGCAGAACAAGAUUCAACUUCGAUGAUUGUUGGUAUAGUUCUUGGCUUGUUAUGUAUUCUCUUUACCAUCACUCUCAUUCUGUUCUUCUAUUCAAGAAGGCAAACAAAAGAAAAUUGUGUAGAAAUCCCUGUCCACACCAUUAGGAGUAUUCCUUUGAGAAUAGAAGAUUAUAAAGAGUACUUUAAACGAAAACAUGCAGACUCCAACUGUGGUUUUGCUGAAGAGUAUGAGGACUUGAAACCUGUUGGAACUGCACAGCCUAAGGAUGCUGCCCUUGCUAUUGAAAACAAGACAAAGAACCGUUAUACUAAUGUGUUACCUUAUGAUGCUUCAAGAGUAAAAUUAUCAAUAUGUGGCAGCACCUUUGAUGAUUACAUCAAUGCCAACUACAUCCCAGGCUACAAUUCAAGGAAAGAGUUUAUAGCUGCUCAGGGUCCAUUGCCCGUCACGGUGAAUGAAUUCUGGAGAAUGAUCUGGGAGAAGAAUGUCUACACCAUAGUGAUGCUGACCAGAUGCAAUGAACAAGGACGAGUGAAAUGUGAGAAGUACUGGCCAUCUGGGACUAAUCAUUAUCAUAACAUCUCAGUAACAACAACCUCAGAGAUACCAGUGGAGAGCUGGACCAUAAGAGACUUCACAAUAAAAAAUGUUAAGACAGCUGAGACUCGCACUGUACGCCAAUUUCACUUCACGGCGUGGCCGGAUCAUGGAGUUCCACAGACCACUGAACUUCUCAUAGACUUCAGAUACCUGGUGAGAGAACACAUGAACCAGUUUUCACGCCACUCUCCAAGUGUGGUGCAUUGCAGUGCUGGUGUGGGUAGAACAGGGACCUUCAUUGCCAUCGAUAGCCUGAUCUUCCAGAUUGAGAGAGAAAGCAUGGUAGAUGUUUAUGGAAUCGUUCAUGAUAUGCGCAUACACAGACCUCUCAUGGUGCAGACUGAGGAGCAAUAUGUUUACCUCCACCAGUGUGCCUAUGACAUCAUAAGUUCAAGAACUGGAACCAACGUGGACUUAAUUUACCAGAACACAGAAGCGCUCAACAUCUAUGAGAAUAUAACAUUUUGCAAAUCUUAAAUGUAGAUGUUCACAUGAUGGCCCUAAUCACAAGAUCAUUGAAAUUUAAGAUAAUAUAAAACUCUUGUCACACUUAAUUUCACAAUCAUAAAGCGCACUAUUUAUAUACAACACGUGAAGUUGGAUGUAAUUUAUUUCUUGCACAAUUCUUUAAACUUUUAAUGAGGGAGAUUUUCAGAUUAAUACAUUAAUUAAAAAUGACACUGGAAAGAAUGGAGCCAUUCUGUAAGUAAUUGUGUAUCUAAUAUUUAAAUCAAGAGCUCUUUAUUUUUUUACUGCGACAUGUCCAAAGGGUAUAUCUGUAUAAUUUGACAUAAUACUCAUUAAAAUGUCAAACCCCUGUACAUUUUUAAUACUGACAACUUGAUUGUAAAUGUUAAUAUGGGCCUUUGUGAGAUCACUCUUUUUUAUUAUUUUAUUUUAUUUUUUAGGUUAUUUAGUGUAAAAUAUAACUCCACAGGUUGUCUAAUUAUCUAUCUAUCUAUCUAUCUAUCUAUCUAUCUGCCUGUCUGUCUGUCUGUCUGUCUGUCUGUCUGUCUGUCUGUCUAUCUAUGGAAUUUUUCAAGAAAUGUUACUGUUUCUACCAUUAUAUGACCAACACUUGCAAUAGUUUUAUUAAUUUAAGAUUUUUUCUACUUGAUACUGAACAAUAGUGCUCUCAUAUUUCUUUUCACACUUCCAUUUUUACACAGGGCUUUAAUGCCACUUCAAAAAAUUCAGUUUCAUUAUUUGUACCUCCUGAAUUAUUUGUAAUUUUGUUUUUA